AUGAAUCUCAGAGUGAUGUAUAUGACGUCUCAGAUUACUGUGGACCGAAAUCAAACACAUAUUCUCAGUCUACGAGAGUUGUCCAAGAACACGAGUUCGCAGUUUAUGAGGGGUGUGUUGGCGAAGAUAGGGUGCAGAGAGGUGGAAGCAGGAGUUACUGUGUCAGCAGAGACCGUUGACUUUGAUCCUUGUGAGGUGAGCCCAGAAUAUGUUAUGCUGGUAAACCGUCGAAAAGAUAUUUCAGCUACAUAUGGUGGAAACCUGGAGAAAAAAGACGGCCCCAGCGUGAUAUGUUAUGUAUGCUGGUACCGUCGAAAAGAUAUUUCCGUUACAACUGGUGGAAACCCCCCUGGGAGAAGAAAGAAGGCCCAGUUGCAUAUGGUGGUAACAGUGAAUGAAAAGACAAUUCAAGUACUGUAUGGUGGUAAUGGUAACCGUGGAAAGGUAAUUACAGUGAAAGCAUGUGAUGGAAGUUCAACGCUGCUUAAGAUCCACAAAAUUUUCAAUUUAGCUUUGUAUUUCAAUACUGCAAAAUAUGGGGAAGGAACUGGGCCAAUACUUGCACAACAUAUAUAUUGCAAUGCAGAGAAGGACACUAUAAAUAGUUGUUCACUGGAAUCACCAUGUCGUCCUUGUAGCUCACACCGGAACGAUUUAUCCAUAGCUUGUACACCUUGUGGUUUACCAGACAUUUAUAAUGGAGAUCCAGUGGCAUUCAAUGGGACCGAAUUAACAGUGACAUGUCAUACGGGGUUCUUUCCAAACCAGAUAAAGAUUAAAUGUAUGAAUAAUAAUAGUUGGUCAGAGGAACAAAGAUGUACCCCUCUUUAUGCUUUUCCACUCAAUAUAAGUGACAUUCAGUUAAAGAAUGGUUACAGACCCUCCGAAGGACGUGUUGAAAUUCUUGUUAAUGGGACGUGGGGGACAAUUUGUGACACUAGGUUUGCUUCUGCAGAUGCGACAGUAAUUUGCAAAAUGUUUGGAUUAGACGGUAGAGGAAGCGGUCCAAUAUACGUCGACAAAUUGAACUGUUCGGGAACAGAAUCUCAUAUAAACUUUUGCAGUUAUGAGAUUUCCAAUAACUGUACCCAUUAUGACGAUGUAGCUGUUGAAUGUAUAGGACAUCAGUUAGAAAUAACGGAUAUAAGACUAGCUGGCACUAAUGGACCAUUCCAUGGGCGUGUAGAAAUAAAAGUCAAUGAUACAUGGGGAACAAUAUGUGAUAGUGGUUUCUACUUGAAUGAAGCAAGGGCCGUAUGUAAAAUGCUAGACUUGUCAUACUAUCGGCUUUUCGACAGAGCUUACUACGGUCAAGGCAGUGGACCUAUUUAUAUAGACAGACUUAGUUGUCCCUAUUCAACUAAUCCUGACUACCCUCAUAUAAAUGAUUGUAAAUAUGCUGUUGAUAAUCAUUAUAACUGUGGUCAUGGUAAAGAUGUUUCUGUAAUGUGCUACGGACCAACCUUCAACAUAACCGAUGCACGAUUAGUCAAUGGAACUGGCCCGUAUGACGGACGUGCAGAAAUCAACGUGAACGGUACGUGGGGAACUAUUUGCGAUGAAAACUUCAAUAUUCAAGCCGCAGAUUUAUUUUGUGACUUGCUGGGACUCAGGGCAGCUCAGUAUUUUACUGGUGCAAAAUAUGGCGAAGGAAACGGUCCAGUUUUCAUUGAUCAACUGUUUUGUAAAGAUUAUGAUUAUUCCCUCAGCACAUGCAAAUAUUUGUUCCUGAAUGAGUGCAGUCACAGGAGAGACAUAUCUGUUGUUUGCAAUGAUUGUGGACAACCAGAUGUCUUUAACUGGGAUGCUGAUUACUUCACCUACAAUGGCACUACGUUGUUUGCCGACUGUUUGUACUAUCGGACAUAUAUUGGGAAGCUUAAACUGACGUGUGAUAAACACACGCAAACCUGGAUCAAAGAAGGAAAAUGUCAAGAAUAUCGUUUCCCAUUGGACAUAACCGAAAUAAGAUUGGUUAAUGGUUCUAAUUCAACAAAUGGAAGGGUCGAGCUGAAGUCAUUGGAUACAUGGGGGACAGUAUGCGAUGAUGAUUUUGGAACGGAAGAGGCUAAUGCUAUCUGUAGAAUGCUUGGAUACCCUCGAGCAGUAACGUAUUAUACCGGCGCCCAUUAUGGACAAGGCACAGGGCCAAUAUUUGUGGACGAUCUGAGCUGUGAGGAAGACGCAUCACAUAUUAACAACUGCACCUAUAUUACAUAUGAUGACUGUGACCAUGGCAACGACGUUUCUGUUUUUUGCACAGAAAGCUGUAAUCCAGCAUGUAAAGCGUGUACAUGGUACAACAACUGCACUGCCUGCCCAUCUGGAAAGUAUGGAUCAUUCUGUCAACACGAUUGUGGUCUUGGAUGCCAAAAUCAUCAAUGUGACAUAAGUAGUGGGUUUUGCACAUGUUUAUUUAAUUUUCAAGGCAAUAAAUGCAAUCAAUGUGUUAAUGGCAAAUAUGGUAAUGCAUGUGACAUAAACUGUUCCGUAGGUUGCGCAAAUAAUUCAUGUAACAUUAAGGGCAACUGUUAUAGUUGCAAGCCUGGGUUUAUUGGAAACAUGUGUACUCAGUGUGAGUAUGGUAAAUAUGGAACUAAUUGUAACAUUCCAUGUCAAUUUGGAUGCAGUAAUGGCACUUGCAAAAAUAAUGGAAAUUGUUAUAGUUGCAAGGAUGGGUUCAUGGGAAGUAAAUGCGAUCAAUGUGUCGAUGGUAAAUAUGGAACUAAUUGUAACAUUGCAUGCCCGUCUGGUUGUAGCAAUAUCAAUUGUAAAGACAAUGGAGAUUGUCAUAGUUGCAAGGAUGGGUUCACGGGAAAUAAAUGCGAUCAAUGUGUCGAUGGUAAAUAUGGAAUUGAUUGUAACAUUGCAUGCCCGUCUGGUUGCAGCAAUAUCAAUUGUAAAGAUAAUGGAGAUUGUUAUAGUUGCAAGGAUGGGUUCAUGGGAAUUAAAUGCGAUAAGUGUGUCGACGGGUUAUAUGGCAUUGACUGUGAACAUGAUUGUUCAAAAUAUUGUGCGCAUGAAACUUGUAAUAUGACAUCAGGUGUGUGUAAUGAUGGCUGUAUAAUUAACUAUUACGGUGAGCAAUGUAACAUGAGGUGUGCAUCUACAUGUUUACCAGACGGUGAAGGUAGAAGGUGUUUUCAUACGAAUGGAAGUUGUGUAAAAGACUGUCAAAACGGAUAUUAUGGCGACAUGUGUCAAGACCGUUGCAGUGAAAACUGCAUAAAUAUUGUCUGUUUAAGAGAUAACGGUGGAUGUAAAUUCGGCUGCAUUGACGGUUUUGAAGGAGAAGGAUGCACACAAAUAUCUACCUCAGGGGACAUAUCCGAUUCGGCAGAUUCUACGAAUGUUGGUGUAAUCAUUGGAGUUGGGGUUGGGUCUGUGGCAGUUACUCUUAUUGCUGUCGGAAUAGUCAUUAUAGUAAGACGAUGCCUAAGGUCAGAGACGUUUAUUUUAUAUGCAGAUAUUGACUGUUGA